CCAUAGCGCCUUUUGCCGACGAAAAUUAGAUUUCCCAGCUUCGUAAACUCAGGAAGAUAGAACAAGAGUCAGAGAGCAAAUGGACGGAAACAAGGGCUCGCCGGAACCGCCGCUGUCGCAUCCAGCAGUGGAACCAGUUUCCUUCCUUCUGGGAUCAUGGAGAGGCCAGGGAGAAGGCGGCUUCCCCACCAUAAAUUCAUUCUCUUAUGGCGAAGAGCUUCAGUUUUCCCAUUCUGGGAACAAGCCCGUCAUUGGGUAUAAUCAGAAGACUUGGAAACUCAAUUCUGGCGAGCCCAUGCACGCCGAGAGUGGAUAUUGGCGUCCAAAGCCCGAUGGUACCCUUGAAGUUGUAAUUGCUCAGAGCACUGGUCUUGUUGAAGUUCAGAAAGGGACAUAUAGUGCAAAGGAGAAGGUGAUAGAACUUCAGAGUGAAACGGUGGGGAAUGCUUCUAAGGUUAGGGAGAUAAGACGACUGUUCCAGCUGGUUGAUGGGAAUCUUUGUUAUGAAGUUCAGAUGGCUACCAAUACAGUAGGUCUUCAACCACACUUAAAAGCAGCAUUGAAGAAGCUCUGAGCUGAAGCUAUCACAUUCCAUGGAAGGUGAUCUAAAAGAAUGCAAGUUCUGUAUUGGAGAGUCCAAUCAACGGCGGAAAGAGAAGAGACUGGCAAGGGAUUUGACCCCCUUAAUUUUUCAAUUUUUUCUUAGCAUUAUAUGGGUAUUAACAUUUAGCCAACAUUAUACCAUAUUACUUUUAAUUCCAGCCACCUCAGUAAAAUAUGGCUCUGCCCCUGAAUCCAAAGCCCCCCCCCCUCUGGAUAGCAGUUUAAGCCAGCUAAUAGUCAUAUACUAAUCAGCAUGUUAAACCAAAGGAAUGAUUCUAUUGUCUUGUUUGUCUGUGUCACUGUGUGCCAUGUUCACGGGUUGUUACUUGUGGAUAUACUCUUUUCUACUUGAAUGCUAAGCAGUAUUGACAAGAAUCAAA